UUGGGGAGAGGCAGGUGGGGGUCCGUUGGAGACGCUGGUGGCUUACUUGGUCUGGGACAGGGUUUAGGCUCCCCCGUGGAUUUUGACUGACAACUGAAGUUGCUGCUAAGGAAAUCACAAAGGGUCACGAUCCGCCGUGUCACCAUGUGGGGGUUGAUCAAGCACGGGAAUUACAACCAUGACUACUACCAUAAACAGAGCCAGUAUGUGGUUAAAGAAUACAGCAGCUCCGAGGAGACGGUGGAUAGAUAUGAAUAUAAAACACGAGCUCACAUCCAGGAAGUGUUGAAUAUGAAGAUGCCGCACAAGUACGUGCGAGAGGAGCCGAUGAUCAGGGGGCCAUCCUUCCUGGUCCGACUCAGGUCUCACACCGUCUUUGAAAACACUCCAAUCAACCUUUUUUGUACUGUGGAAGGCUAUCCACUGCCUAUUGUGAAAUGGUAUAAAGAUGGUAUGAUCCUGGACAUGUCCUCUGGAAAGUAUCUAGUCGAAGCAAAAGGAGGAGUCCACUCUCUGGAAAUUACAAGAUGUUCAACUGAUGAUACAGCCAUGUACACAGUUAUGGCUGGUAACAUCCAUGGACAAGCGACAAGUCAGGCUUCUGUUAUUGUGAAGAGGUACAAGAAAGAAGAGUUUUGCCCGUAUGGAUGGAUGCCUUAUGUUGCAGUGCUUCCAAAGAUCCAAUUCACUAAAAUCCACAUUACCUUUACGGAUAAGUUUGGACCGGUGUUUGCUUCUGAAGGAGAUUCUGCUACUCUGACUGCCAGUAUGACCCUUGAACCCAACCUGGCCAACCUGCAACCUGAGGCCCAGUGGUACAGAGAUGACACUCGUUUGUUUGAUUCGAAAUGGGUCAAAAUUGAAACGGGGCGAGGAGUCAGCACCUUGACUCUUCCUCACCUCUACAAAGAAGACGAAGGCUUAUAUACACUGCGCAUGGUGACGAAAGGAGGCGUUGCAGAACACAGUGCAUUUGUCUCUGUUGCAGAUGGUCCUCCCCCAGUUUCUGGUGCACCUGGUGCUCCAAUGGACAUAACCAUUCACGAUGCCAACAGAGACUAUGUCAUCGUGUCAUGGAAGCCUCCCAAUACAACGACAGAGGGUCCAAUCCUGGGAUACUUUGUGGACAAAAGUGAGGUCGGCACUGAAAACUGGAAUCAAUGCAACGAUCAGCCCUUUAAGAUCUGUAAAUAUCCAGUGGCCGGCCUGUUUGAAGGACAUUCGUACUGCUUCCGGGUCCGAGCCGUCAACGCCAAAGGAAUCAGCAAACCUUCCCGCAUGUCUGAGCCCAUUGCUGCACUGGACCCGACUGAAUUUGAGAGGCUGCACACUAAAAAACUUGGAGGGAAGCUGGACGUUGUCUCUUACCAUGAUGAAGAAGAAGCUGAAGGAAAACCUCCAGGUUCUCCAUCAGGGGUCUGCGCAUCGGAAACUGACAGGACUUAUGUUGUUCUGAGUUGGAAAGCUCCAGCAAAGUCCAGCAAAGCUCCCAUGUGGUACUACAUAGAAAAGACCAUGGCAGACAGCGACGCGUGGCAGCGCGUUAACACUCCGGUCCCAAUUCGCUCCCCUCGCUAUGCUGUCUUUGACCUGUCAGAGGGUAAACAGUACAAAUUCAGAGUCGUUUCCACAAACAUGUACGGAACCAGUGAGCCAUCGGAACCAAGUCGACCUAUUGAAACCCAAGAACUUAAAGGUGUGCCUUCAGCUCCCGGCCAGGUGAUUGCAACUCGGGAAACCGACACCACCGUCCUCAUCCAGUGGACUCCGCCAAAAGAACCCAACAGUUUGAUUGGCUACUACAUCGACCAGUGUGUGAAGGGGUCCAAAGACUGGACCUCAGCCAACCACAAACCGCACAAGAGCACUAAGUUUGUGGUUAGCGGUCUUACAACAGGAGAAACCUACGUGUUCCGUGUACAGGCUAUCAAUGAGAUUGGCCUCAGUGAGGAGUCCCAGGAGUCUGCGCCUCUAACUGUCAAGGCUGCCCUCACCACGCCUUCUGCUCCUUAUAAGAUUGCUCUGGUGGACUGCGACGGACAUUCAAUGGUCUUGAAUUGGAAGAAGCCCCUUCACUCCGGAGGAUCACCUAUUAAGGAAUAUUACGUGGAUAAAAGAUGCAGUGGAACAGAAAUGUGGAGGGAGAUCAAUAUCCCACCUAUCGCUGAAAGACUUUUCAAAGUGGAGGGUUUGACAGAAGGCGCAGUGUAUCAGUUCCAAGUGUAUGCGGCCAAUCUUAUUGGCUUGGGACCAGCAUCCAAACACUCAGCCGACUACACUUGUGAAGCCUGGACAAUGCCUGAGCCAGGCCCUGCUUAUGAUCUGACUUUUUGUGAGGCUAGAGACGAUUCUGUGGUGCUUGAAUGGCAAAAACCAGUCUACAUUGGUUCUGGACCAAUCACUGGUUAUCAUGUGGAGUAUGCUAAGAAGGGCACUAAUGAAUGGACUACAGCCAACGAAACGGCCACCAAGCAAUGCUUCCUUAAGGUGACAGGUCUGGAAGAGGGCUGCACCUAUGACCUCAGGGUGCGUGCUGUCAAUGAUUCAGGUGUAGGCACGGCCUCAGUGAACUCCGACCCUGUCACUGCCAAGGCUUUGCCAGGCUCCCAGGAGGUGUCCUGCUGUGUGGAUAAGAAGACGGGUGACAUUGUUUUCACGUUUGAGUCGUGCCAAAUGAAUGCAAACUCUCAGUUCGUCUGGAAGAAAGAUUACGAAGAAAUCACAGAUUUCUCCAAAGGAGUUGAUAUUAAGACUGAAGGCAACAAAACCCAGCUGAUCUUGAAGAAUGCAGAGAAAGAAGACUUUGGGAUCUUCUCUGUCUCUGUCACCAACACAGAUGGAGUUUCCGCCAGCCUUUCAAUCAGCCCUGAUGAAAUGAAAAAGCUUGUGAAACACAGCUAUGACGUCAGACACCCAAUCAUCCCACUGAAGUCAGAGUUGGCCUAUAAAAUUUUGGAGCAAGGCAAAAUGAGGUUCUGGCUGCAGGCUGAGGAGAUUUCCCCCAACGUCACCUACAAAUUCUUUGUUAACGACAAGGAAAUGUCUGGAGCUGAUUCCAUCAAGAUGGGCCAUGAUGUGUCUGCGGGCGUCAUUGAGUUGAUCAUGGACCACUUUGCUGAAGAGAAUGAGGGGACAUACACCUGCCAGAUUAUAGAUGGCGGCGGCAAAGCACAGAGCUCACUGGUGCUCAUUGGAGAUGUUUUCAAGGCUGCGCUGGCUGAGGCUGAAUACCAGAAGAGAGAAUACAUCAGAAUCAAGGAGGGCCCCCACUUCAGCGAGUUGUUGUCCCUUCACGUGGGAGACGACUGCUCAGUCACACUAGUGUGCAAGGUCGCCAACUUGAAGAAAGACUCCGAGUUCGACUGGUUCAGAGAAGAUGCAGAAAUAAUUCCUGACGUGAAGCCUGACCUGGCAUCAGGAGUCUGUAAAUUGGCAAUUAAACUGUUUUCUCUGAAAACAUCCGGGCUUUACAAGGCCACCAUCAGCGAUGAUAGAGGAAAGGAUAUGAGCCAAAUUGACAUUUCUGGAAAAGUUUUUGAAGAGGCCAUAAACCAGAUCACCCGACUGGCUGGGGUGAGUGCGCAGGAGCUCGUGAUCCAGUGCACAGCCACCGGCAUUCAGCUGCAGUGUCCCAUGAAGUAUUACACUCCAGAGAUGAACAUCGUCUGGUACCACGGUGACAAAAAACUCUGCCACAGUGACAAGAUUGUGAUAGGAGGAACACCUGCGAUGGCAACAAUGGAGGUGAUUGAGCCAACUGAAAGGGACAAAGGGAAAUACUCGAUUGUGAUCACCGACCCUGAAGAUUCACACAAGCACACGCUGGACCUCAACGGUGAAGUUUAUGACAAGGCAUACGCUGAGUUCCAGAAACUCAAGGCUUUGGCGUAUGCUGAAAAGAACCGCGGUAAGGUGAUUGGAGGUCUGCCUGACGUCGUCACAAUUAUGGAAAAGAAGACGCUGAGUUUGACGUGCACAGUGUGUGGGGAUCCCAAACCUCAAGUCUCCUGGCUAAAGAACGGAGUAGAGGUUCAGCGUGAUGAUCAGUAUGAGAUCUCUCUGGACCAGGGCAAGUUUGCCAGUCUGACAAUCAGAGGCGUUUCCAUGGAGGAUUCAGGCAAAUAUUCCAUGAUUGUUCAGAACAAAUACGGAGGGGAAUCCGUGGAUAUUGUGGUCUGCGUGUACCGCCAAGGUGAGAAAAUCCCAGAGGCAAAUCCUACCGUGACAGCUAAAACAAUUAUCCCUCCCAAGCUGCCCAUUGAAAUGCCUCAAACGGUGACCCAGCCGGCCCCCUCGGCUCCAAGCCCCUCUCCUCCCAGGGCAGCACCUGGAAGAGGAGUGAAGAGUCCCACCCCUACCCGAAGGGUGUUUUAAAAAAAAAAUAAAAAUCACAAACACAUUGGCAAAUGUGCUCAUUUCUAUUCGAAACAUUUUCUCAAAAUUAAACAGAGUGAAUUCUGUGAUAUUAAUUAGAGAGUUGGAAAGUCUCUACCGGUUAUU